GAACUAUGUGUCAAACAAUGCGUUGCAUCCUGAUUGUCUGCGUGGCCCUCGCUCUUCUGGCCGCCGGCUGCAGGGUGGAGGCUUCGAACUCCAGACCUCCGCGCAAGAACGAUGUUAACACCAUGGCCGAUGCCUAUAAGUUUCUGCAGGAUCUGGACACCUACUACGGAGACAGGGCCCGAGUUCGAUUCGGAAAGCGAGGAGCCCUAAUGGAAAUCCUAAGAAAUCGCGAAAUGGACAACUUUAACCUGGGAAAAAGUGCUAGUAACGGAGGAGAAUUGGUCCGCGCUUUGGAUGAGGAGGAGGUAUAUUAAACCCACCCUACCCGACCACGGCAACGUCACUAACUCAUGAUUGUAAUUAUUAGCAUACGCCUGUUUGUUUAGAUUGAUUUUCGGGGCAAUAGUUUAACGUGCUGGGAGAAAAUUUGUAGUUGCAGCUACAGAAUUAAGUAUUUACUCUAGUCUUGAUGUUUGUUGAAUAAAUUAAAUAUCCAAAAAAAGGUUGUCAACCAGAUGCAACAAUUUAAUUAAAAAUUGCAAUGACCAAA